UAAUACACAUCAAAAAUUCAACAUGACACAAAAGGAGAUAAACGAUUACCUAGAAAAACUGAACCACGAAAUGUUUAUUAAAGUAAUUCCAGUAUUGGUCCUGUUUACAGUUGCACCUGUUGUUGGCCUCUCAGGAAAUCUUCUCGUCUUUGUUGUCUACCUGAAGCAGUUCAAAGCCAGCGCCACGCGCGUGUUCGUUCUCGGGAUGACUGUCUGUGAUUUCUUGAUCAACGCCCUCACCAUACCUUGGGUUAUUGUUGAUUUGAGGUACAGGUACACAAAAAAUAUACAUUUCUGCAGAAUGACGAGACUCCUUUGGGAAUUUUUCCUUUCAAUGUCCUACCUGAUCCUCGUUCUCGUCGCCAUUGAUCGUCGUCGUCGCAUCUGCCAGGUUUACAAACGACAACUAAGCGCGAGACAAGCUACUUAUCUAUUAAUUGUUCCAUUGACCCUGACCUUAGCUGCUUCGGUUCCUUCCACCUACCUGUACGGAACAAAGCCUUUGAAGACGGACAGACCCCAAAUAACAGGGACUACAUGCGGGUUUUCAGAUAAACCAGCUAAAUACAUUUUUGGAAUUGUUGAGAUUAUUUACUUCCUUUUCGGAUAUGCAGUCCUGACUAUUUGCUAUGCGCAGAUAUACCGGACAUACCAACAACAAAAGAGAGUUCGGGCUAGAAAAAUAAACAUUGUCCUUACUUCUGCUGUAAUGACAACUCAACUGAAAGAAGAGGUUGCUUCUAGACAAGACGAACCGGAGAACGUGUCCGAGAAAAUAUUCACAAGACCAGUAAAAUUCGAAAAAAGUGAUGAAAAACUAAGUAGCCAGGACACACAUUUGAGUGUUGAAACAGAAACUUUGACAAGGGACCAGAGAGAUGAAAACUUCAUAAGCCAGACAGAAGACAAAGCUGACGGACACGACUCACAAAGAUUAUGUUUCCAGGACGAGGUUUCCAGAUGCUCAUCUAGUAGGAAACACGAUGAGGCUGACUGUACCACAAGACUCCAGCUUCCACAAAAAUCUUUAUACAAGAUGACCUCCGCAGGAUGUGAAGACCUGUCAGACCCUGUCCUGCAACCUUCACCAGCAAAGGAAACUCCCAGCAGGCCAUGCGAAAAAAUGUCUUCAGUUUUGUCUACUGAUAUAGAACAGCAUGAAGAAGUAAACAUGGUAUCGGGUUCUGGAGCAGACAGGACAGAACGCAUUCAUCAGAAGAGGGCGCUGUUGUCAAAAACAACAUUCAUGAUGCUAGUCCUGACCAUCGCUACCCUCAUAUGCCUUGUAUCUUACAUUGUUGUCACGAUGGCCCAUAUGCGGGAAGUGGGCGUUCAGAGCAGGACAUGGCAGAUGAACAUGUAUUUUUUCACCAAAUUUUUCCCUACUAUCAACAGCGUCAUCAACCCUUUCGUCUACAGCAUUUGUAACCCACAGUUUCGUCUGCAGUGUCGUCGGUUUUUCACCAAACUGUGCAACCGCUAGUUGUAAGACCUGGUUCACAGAUGCGAGAAAAGCUUUGAAGAAGUAAUGUAAUGCUUUGUAACAGAUUAUGUUUAAUCCACAAAGUUUAUUUCUUAGCUUUGGAUUGUUGGCGUUUCUGGCUUAGAACACUAAGCACAAACAUAUUUUCCCCCCGAAGUCAUUGCUUUUUCAAUGUUUAUUAAAUUAACAGGAGAUUCAGUUGUUUAAUGGUUAUUUUUAAGAUUUAAAGAAACAACCAAGAUAGAAAAAUGUUGUACAU